AAACUAUACAUUUUAGAAACAAAUUAGACAAAAAGUGUAAUAUAACACGUCCGUAAUCGUACUUUGAAUGAAUUUUGAUUAAAGUAUUUUCUCUUAAGAAUUUUUUUUUAUUAGUAUUUGACUUUGCACCCCCCCCCCCUCUAAAAAUCAUUGGUUGUGCCCAUGUUUUGGAACGAAUAAUUUUGUUACGCACGGGUGAUUUUAGUAAUAAUUAAAACGUACAACUUGGCUUUAAAAAAAAAAAUAGAUUUUAUGAAAUAGGAAAUAAAUCACACCAUCUCAUAACUAAAUUAUCAACCUAAGCAUAUCAUGGAAUUUAUUUAGUAAGAAAAACAUUUUUCAUACUAUUAAGAACACCCAUUUUUAAGAAAAUAGUCCAUGCCUGCAACCUGCCACUUCCUUGUUUUAAAUAAAAGUUUACUCGGAAAGUUUAGUGCUGCAAUUUUUAAAAUUUCUUUAACUUCUCGAGGAAGCGGGUUGGGUUAUUAAGUAUAUUUUCUUAUUUUGGGUUCGUUUCGUUUCGGGUUAUUAUUAGUUGAUGCCGAUCCUGGAAAAAGACUGUUUCAAAGAAUGUGUUCCGCAGACGAAGAUAUCAGGAGCAAGUUUCCACUUCAUGCCAUGGUCUGGGAAAACGACUACAGAAAUUUGGAGAAACAGUUAGGCAAGCACAAUAUAGAGGAGGUUGACCCACGGGGUCGGACGCCCCUGCACCUCGCUGUGUCCUUGGGGCAUUUGGAGUCUGUCAGGGUCCUUCUGAGGCACAGUGCUGAGGUAACCAAAGAGAACUCCAAAGGAUGGACGGUGCUGCAGGAGGCGGUGAGCACUGGGGACCCAGAGAUGGUGCAGCUGGUUCUGCAGAGACGGGACUACCUCAAAGCAUCAACCGCCCUUGGAGGGGUGCCAGAACUGCUGUGCAAGAUCCGGGAGUCUCCAGAUUUCUACAUGGAAAUGAAGUGGGAGUUCACAAGUUGGAUCCCUCUGGUCUCCCGGGUGUGCCCCAGUGACGUGUGUCGGAUCUGGAAGAAGGGCGCUAGCCUGCGGGUGGAUGCCACCCUGCUGGCGUUCGAGAACAUGAGCUGGAUCAGGGGCCGGCGCAGCUACAUUUUCAGAGGGGACGAUAAUUGUGCCGAGCUGAUGGAGGUGAAUCACGACGAGGAAGUCGUGGACACUGAGCGCUUCGAUAUCUCCCGGGAGAUGGAGGUCGUCACGCUGGACUCCAUGCAGCCCGCCGAGCAGGAAGUGGCCAAGCGGCUGACCACGGCCAUCGUCAACACAUACCUGGACACACGGCACAUUGCGUUCGAGAGAAAUAAGUCAGGGAUCUGGGGCUGGAGGAGUGACAAAACAGAGACUAUCAAUGGAUUCGAAGCCAAGGUGUUCACCGUGAACAACGUCAAUGUGGUGAUUCGGACGAGGACAGAGCACCUCACUGAGGAGGAGAAAGCAAGGAUCAAAGAUCAGAGGAACCUUCUGGAGUCUCUGCUGGGCACAGUGGAGCAGCAUGUUAGCGCACAAGGGGACCUAACCAUGGAAUUCGCAACAGCAACCAACCCCACAGCUAUAACCCCAGAGGAAUAUUUCAACCCCGACUUCGAUCUCCAGGACCGAGACAUCGGGCGGCCCAUCGAGCUUACCAUCAGAACUCAAAAGUUCAAAGCCACCCUGUGGAUGAGCGAGGAGCACCCCCUGUCUCUGGUGGAGCAGGUGACCCCGAUCAUUGACCUGAUGGCUCGGACCAGCUCUCACUUCGCCCGCUUGAAGGACUUCGUAACCCUGAAAUUCCCCCCGGGCUUCCCAGUCAAGAUUGAGAUCCCGCUUUUCCAUGUCCUGAACGCUCGGAUCACAUUUGGGAACGUGAACAAGUGCAGCACCGGAGAGCCGUCUGAAUCCACUCCUUCCACUCCAUCCCCAACCGAAGCCCAGGAAGAGGGAGACUCUGCAGCUCCGGCUAGCACUGUGUUCCAGGUGUGCCCCACUGUGUUUGAGGUGCCAGCGCGGUACCGCCGUCGGGGGGGCAGCAGGGCAGCGCCCGUCCCAAACCACGAUGAGGAGCUGCUGCAGUAUGCCAUCCAGCAGAGUCUGCUGGACUCCAGCAACGCAGCAGCCGGCCAGGAGACCUCCUGGGGUGAUACGAAUGGGAUGCUUUCACAGACGACGUUCAACAGCCAGUAUGAAAGGACAGUCCAGGAGAGCCGGCUGACGGACCUGCCCUUUGCAGGACGUCCCGCCAGCAUGGGGCCAGCACCCAAUUCCGUUUCGGAGCUGAAGUACGCCAUGGAGCUGUCGGCACGUGCCCAAGAGGAGGAGGAGAGGAUGAGGAAGGAGGAAGAGGAGGAGCUGGAGAGAAUCUUGCUGCUCUCACUAACUGAGAAAUAAAGAGAGAGAGAGAUAAAGGGAAACAGAGAAAUGUUUAAAAUCUAGGCGCUGUUACCUCCUGACUUCUCCAACACAGGAGCAGCAGUUUAUUCCAGCAUCUUUUUGCCCCCUAAAAAACAAACACAACUCGCAGUUAGCUCCUCGGCGGUAAUGCUUUUGAACUUUUUUUUUUAAAAACGUUUUUUGGAAGAAUUUUUUUAGAAUCGUAAUUUAAAGACCUAAAGAAGUGCAUUGAACCGUAAUAGAAAUGUACAAUUUUUUUUAUCUCUGUUUCUUAGCCAUACACUUUUCUACGCAGUCUCUUGGUAUUACUACUGUGGCACUAAACCCUUUCUUUAAAGAGUAGCUUGGAGGAAGUGUAGCUCUCAGGUUAGCAUUCUAGGACACCAGAGGCAGUGUAACAGAGGACUGGGAAGCAGUUUGACGGGUUAUAGAGGCACUAAGUGAUGACUGUAAGGAUUCAUAAUUGUCCCUCUGGCCUUGAUUGCCCAGGAACACUUUGUACAAUCAGGUACCUCCGGCAGGCUCAUUUCCAAACAAAAAUCUGUAUCUAUGUUUGUUUAACAUAAUCAUUUCCAAUCUUGCGAUACUAGAAAAUAAGUUUCUGCCACUAGAUGGCAGUGCAGUGCUCAGGCAUGAUAAAUAAGGAAGAAUUAUUUUUUACUCAAGUGAGCAAUAAGAACUUGUAAAAGUAUUAUUGUUAUUAUUGAUAAUUAAAAAAUAUAACAAUUCUGAUCAGUUUCAUUCCCAGUCUUAGAGCUGUUCACCCCCCUGUACCCAAUAGUGUUGUUUGCUGGGAGAGGGGGGCUGGAAGGGCUGAAAGGUCCUGGGGCAGCAAUAUAAUCAAGAUCAGGACUUUGUAGCGCAUCUUUGAUAUUCUUAUUGUGUUGCUGCUGUUUUCUAAUUUAAAGUGUGCAUCACGUUUUAACGUUGGGCUUUGAUGUUGUGGAAAUGACACGCUAGACAGACACCUUGUAGGGUGUGUCUGAGUGCGCCGCUCCUGCCCGUUUGUGACGUUAAGACAGUGAUGUUCACUCCCUGUGAAGCCAACAGCAGUAAUGGUAUCCUUGCUUGUUCAUGACCUCUUAAACAUGUCAUUAAUACAGGUAUAUCCUGCACACUGCAUAACCAAACUAACCAAAGUAAUUCAUGUAACACCAGUCAAUAUUACAGUGAAACAUAAAAGCCCUCUCACAGCGUCAGGCUGGCAUGAUGAAAAUGCAUCACAUGCAGCUGUUUUACUUCUCAUACCACGAAGCCUGCCCAGGGCUCUGUACUGCUUCACAGAAUGACAGCAGGGUGGUGCUUGACCAUUCUAAUUGUUUGGCUGAUUAGAACUGAUUGAUGGAAUCAUCCUUCAACCAGUCAAAGAUGCCAUUUUCAGAGGAAAAAACAAACUGGGGAAAGCUGUUAGGCUUGUGUAGGUGGUGCGUGGAGCAGCGGGUGCUGGAAUACGGGCUGGUGUUAGUUGAUUUUAACCACGGGCAUUGUAUAGAGUGAAAACGGCAUUAUUUGGUCUGAUUUUAACAGAGGAAGGAAAACACCCGCUGUUUACUUGGCAAGUGCACUUUGCAUUUCCUGCUUGAUAAACCACACAACCCAGUGAAAACAGCAUUGAACUGGAAAUUAGGGUUCAGGGCCUCCUGAGCCAAAAAUCAACCCGGUGUGACACCCCCUCCUUCCUCAAGCACACACAGACCUGUUAAAGAAAGGGCAGUCAAUUCAAUCUGAUUUAAGAAUUCAGUGCAAACUUCACUGGAAAUGGCUCAAAACACGAGAAUGUAACAAGUGGUGAUGUGUUACCUGUAUUAAUCUUCUUUCUGGGGGCCAGUACUGGUAGCUGUAGUCUGCAAAACAGCCAGCACGCCUUUUGAUGAAAAGAACCGAGUUCUUUGUCAUCAGAAGACAAACACUUUAUUCCUUGCACUAAAUGUACCAUGGGCAAGAAUCUGCUUUUUUUUUUCCAACCCCUUUCUCCAUUUGUAUACGUUUUGGUUUUCAGAUGCCAGUUUUACCCUCACAAUACCCUUUAUUUUCAAAAAGGGAAAAAAGCACUUUAUUUUCAUUUUUUGUAAACCUAAGUUUCUUAACAGUAUGUUUCUUAAAAGCGCAUUGUUAAAAAAAAAAAGCUUAUUUUUUUCUUCUGAUAUUGUCUUUAAGAAAUUAAAUGCAUUCUAUUUUCA